AUGGGGAAAAAAUAUAGAUGGGCUGAUGUCGACAAUGAGGAGCUCUAUAAGUUCCUGGGCCUCCUCAUCUACACAUCCCUGGUGUCACUGCCCAGCAUCAGGGAUUACUGGAAACAGGAUGCGAUCACAUCUGUGCCGUUUCCAGCCACCAUAAUGGCGAGGGACUGCUUCAGGGCUCUGCUGUCAAACAUCCACCCCAGUGACCCGGAGGAGGAUAAAAAAAAAAAUGAUGACAGGAAGGGAACUCCUUCAUACGACAAGCUUUGUAAGAUGAAGCCCCUCAUAAACGACAUCCUCAGUGCCUGCCAGGCUCAUUAUCAUCCGAGGAGGGAAUUGGCUGUGGACGAAAGAAUGGUGGCCACAAAGGCAAAAACUGGGAUGACACAAUACCUGAGGGACAAACCAACAAAAUGGGGAAUUAAAUUGUUUGUUUUGGCCUACUCCAGCAAUGGCUACACGGUCAACUUCAAUGUUUAUGUGGGAAAGAAGCACACACAGACGGUGCAUGGAGUGGCAUAUGAUGUUGUAAUUGACCUUAUCCAGCCAUCAUAUCUUGGAACAGGUUACCAUGUUUACAUGGACAAUUUCUAUUCAAGCCCUGAGUUGUUCCUGAAGCUGGCGGGGAUGAAGUUUGGAGCCUGUGGUACUAACAGGGACAACAGGAGAGGGUGCCCAGGAAAGAGAGACAAUGCUCUCUCAAAAACAUCAGAGAGAGGUGAAGUACGGUGGAUCAGGGAGGGCUCCCUGGUUUUUGUAAAGUGGAUGGACACAAGGGAGGUGUCAGUGUGCUCCACAAUUCAUCCAGCAUUUUCUGAGGAGACGGUCAAGAGGAGGGUGAAGGGCAAGGAUGGACGCUGGACAGAAAAACAGAUCUCCUGCCCUACCCCAAUCAUCGCUUACAACAAGCACAUGGGUGGUGUUGACCUGUCCGUCCAGCUGCUGCAGUACUAUUCCACCCACCGCAAAUCUGCAUGCUGGUACCGCACCCACUUCUUACACCUCAUGGACAUUGCCACCACCAAUGCCUACCUUCUCCACUGUGACAUCAAAACUGCAAACCAGGAGAAGCCCAUGUCACACAAGGACUUCCAAACUGAGCUGGUGGCCCAGCUGUGUGGGGUGGACAGGAGCGGCAGACCAGCCAAGAGAAGCGCAGACCACAUUCCCGUUCCCAUUGCUGUGGUAACAGACACCAGCCAAAAAGCCACACAAGGACGUAGGAGUUGCCAACGCUGCCACCAAGUGGACAAAAAGAGAAACCUAACCCCUUGGAAAUGCAAAGCUUGUGAUGUGGCUCUCUGUGUUAUUGUGGAUAGAAAUUGCUUUGCAGAGUGGCAUGUGUAA